CGUUCCAUUCCAUUAUCCUCAGCCGCGUCCAACAAUUCUCUCGAGGCCAACAGCUGCUGGAUAGUGGUGGUUUAGCGACGACGAUUGCCCGAUGCACACGACGACUCAACCAUGACGGUCGUCGGCGCCUUGACAACGACAUUUCGGGCCCCGUCAAGUUGCACAACUACCACUCCACAACUGUAUCAAGUUUGGUCUGAAAGCGAAUCGCAUUAUGUCGAGGGGCCCCUUUUCACCUCGGACUCUGGUUGCUUCCCCAGUGGCUACGAUCCUGCGCCAACGAAUUACUACUCGCCCGGCUGGUGUCCGUACGGAUACACAACUGGCUGCUCAAGCCUUGCAUCCGCCGGCACCGUGACGGAGACGGCCGUCAUAUGCUGUCCGACUAACUUCGACUACACUUGCCAAGCUUCCACCUCGUCCGGUCAAUCUUUGAUAGAAUGCACGACAGCAUGGUCGGCCGCCCAGGCCGUCCUCGGGGUAACGGUCGUGGCAGACGGCGAGGUCGGCACCACAACGGUGGUUACGGAACCAUCGAAUACCAUCACGGCCCACGGCAUCCAAGUCCGCUUCAAAUCAACCGAUCCCACGCCGGUGCCGAAAAUCGAUGACCCUGGCUUCUUGGUCAUAAGCCGCACACCUCCAUUAACCAUCUCGAGUCACCUCGCUGCGCCGACUCAAUUUUCCUCGUCCUCAGACGGCGUCAGCACCCCCGCAGCGAUUGGCAUUGGCGUCGGUUCCGCUAUAGCAGCCCUCCUCAUCGCGGGCGCGAUAGGACUCUUUUUCUUUCUGCGCUGGCGGAGGAAAAGUAGGUCGAGGAAACGAUCCUCUAUACCGCCUCCAGUCCCACCAAAGGAACUAUCGGCGUCACCGCUCCCUUAUCGCGCAGUGCCACCGCCCUUUGAGCUCUCGAACGAGGCGGCCUCGCCGCGGCGACCGUCGACGUCUAUUUCGAAACGACACCUGUCCAUGUCCCCCGCCUUCGAGACGACACCGACUAUGGGAGUGUCUCGAGAUAGUGUGGUACCGGCAGGCUGUCAAGUGGUCGAGCUGGAGGCGCCCAGUGAAGCGUCCUUGCGGGACAGAGCGUCCCCCGAGUCAGAGAGCAGCGGGUGGACUGACAGGCAGGCUCGGGGCGCGACUAUGCCGAUGCCUUGGAUUUAAUAUAUGGUUGAAGAGGGGUCGAUCUUGAUUGAAACCUGCCUGGUUUGCCGGCACACGGUGGCGGGUUUCACUUUUUUCACGAUCUUCGGGCCGGGCAGGUAUGAUUGUCCGCGCGCGGCCAGGCGU